CACGCGCUAAUGCCCUUGCCAAGCUUGGAGCUUCUGGAGCUCAUCGUCGUCAACGGCGGGAGCCUCCAGCUGCAACACCACACUCUCUCUCGAUACUCGUCCAGGCCACAGCCCACACAACCACGGUUCUCCCGAGGUCGUCACCAAGCUGCAGCACCACCGUAUAAAACCCUGCGUCUCGACUUCCACCUUUUAACCCUCACCAACCCACCUCAUACCCCACAGUCUCCGCCUUCACCAUGUUCCGCAAUAAUUACGACAACGAUUCCGUCACCUUCUCACCACAAGGUCGCAUCUUCCAGGUGGAGUAUGCACAAGAAGCCGUGAAGCAGGGUUCUGUCGUCGUAGGAAUCGUGAGCAAGACACACGCGGUGCUCGCUGCAGUCAAGAGAAACGCUGAGGAGCUAUCCUCAUACCAGAAAAAGAUCAUCCCUGUCGAUGCUCAUUUCGGUGUCGCGCUCGCGGGUCUGGCUUCUGACGCUCGUGUCCUCACGAACUUCAUGAAACAGCAGGCACUCGCAUCACGCCUUACGUACGACCGCGCCAUCCCUCUGUCCGAGAUCACCUCCCGGAUUGCCGACCGCGCACAAACAAAUACCCAACAGUACGGACGGAGACCAUACGGUGUGGGACUGUUGAUUGCCGGUGUUGACGCAAAGGGCCCGCAUCUUUUCGAAUUUCAGCCUAGCGGUGUAACUCAAGAGAUGGUUGCAUGCGGUAUCGGUGCUAGGAGUCAAAUGGCGAGGACAUACCUCGAGAGGCAUCUGGACGACUUCGAGGGCGCUAGCAGGGAGGAGUUGAUCAAGCACGCACUGAGGGCACUGAAGGAGUCGCUGUCGCAGGACAAGGAGCUGACUGUGGACAACACCAGUGUCGGCAUCAGCGGUAUCGGCGAGGACUUUGUACACCACGAGGGCCAGGACAUUGCAGAGUGGCUGGACGCUACCUUUGAGAACAAAGAAGGCGAUGACAAUGCCGAGGGUGGGGAGGCUAUGGAGUUGUAGAGAAGCGUACGGUCUGCAAGACCCAGUAUAGCCGCUUGACGAGAGAUUGUAGAUCAUGAUGUAGCCGCCUGGCUACGGAAAUAUAAUGAACACGAUUA